AUGAGUCACUUGACCUCUGAGAUUCUCAAGAAUCGCGAUGAUGCGGUGUCUAUGCUGGGUAUCACGAGGCCGAGGCGACAAAGAAGCGGCUCCCAAGACAGCACGCAGUCACGCAUGUCCACGCAGUCAAAGACUUCGAUACAAGACAGGCUCUUUUCCAAGAUUCUAGAACAAGUCAUCCCCGGCGAUGAUGACGAGGACGGAACGGACGUGGACGACGAUGCCUCGGUGGCAUCGUCCCAUCGGCCACCGUUCAGUUUACCCGCGAUGUCUAACAAUUUUCGAAGGUUUAACGCGAGAAUUGGCGUGGUGUUUCUCUUUCAAACCCAAGUUGAGCGGGUACUCAGCUGGGAAACACCAUCACACACGAUAUCGCUGCUAUUCGUGUAUUCAUUCAUAUGCUUGGAUCCACACUUGAUCCUCAUUCUACCGCUGGUGGUCUUCCUCUUGUUCAUCAUGGUGCCAGCGUUUGUCGCUCGACAUCCUCCGCCGCCUUCUACCUCUACUUCGAGCAUCAUCCCCUACUAUUCCUAUGAUGGCCCUGCUUUGGCUCCAGCGAAAACCAUCAAACCAGCCUCGGAAACCUCCAAAGAUUUCUUUCGCAAUAUGCGCGAUCUCCAAAACGUGAUGGCCGAUUUCUCAGACGCUCAUGAUGCAAUUAUCGGAAUCGUCGCUCCAUUGACAAACUUUUCUAAUGAAAAACUGUCGUCAACCAUCUUUCUCGGCGGAACAGUUGCUACGGCUGUGUUGUUUCUCAUGGCACAUCUCUUGCCGCUCAAGCUGAUCAUGCUUGCCGUCGGAAAUGCUGCUGUUCUGUCUAUCAACCCGAAGAUUCGAGGCAUGGCUAAGGGACUCCUUUCAGAUGUACUUGGCGAGGCAUCAGAGGACGGUCUCGGGGGUGAAGGUGAUUUCGAUGGGCCUGGUGGAUUUGCCUCCUCUAUCCCACAGGAUACAUCGGCUGCGAUGUCUGCGCUGGAAAAGUUGGCAGAGAUUUCACUGGACACGGAACCUGAGGAACGUGAAGUCGAGAUCUUUGAGCUUCAGUACCGGGCGUCUGGCCCAGCAGAAUCUGGAUGGGAGACCUUCAUCUUCAGCCCUCAGCCAUAUGAUCCACUAUCACCCGCGCGAAUUGCUGGAGACAGGCCGCGUGGGUGUCGAUUUUUCGAUGAUGUGCAGGCUCCGUCGGGCUGGAAAUGGAAAAGUAAGAAGUGGGAGCUUGACAUGGACUGUCGGGAGUGGGUCGUCGAGCGCAUGAUAACAGGGGUUGGAUUCGAACUCCCGGAGGCGAAUCCGGACGUUGGUGCUCUGACUGACGAGGUCGGAGGCUGGGUUUGGGACCUGCGAAGCGAACAAUCGACCGCUCGUGAAGAAUCAGAUCGUGACGUAACCCCAUCUGAGUAUGGCGAUCUGGAUCUAGCAAGCACCGCGUCGAAAGCUCCAAAUGCAGUGCCAUCAAAGGGCAACCAGAAAAAGAAGCCCCCAAAGGACUGGGAGGAAGCUUCAUCGGCCUUGUAUGGAGUCGGAGAGUGGCGGCGUCGGCGGUGGGUGCGGAUCGUGCAGCGCGUGAACGUUCGUCCGGUUUCAGGGACGGGAACUGUCACAUAUUCCACUCUACGUCAGGGGUGA